GAGCCCUUGCAGUGCGCAUGCGUCACGUCCCGACGCGGUUUCUGGGCGCCAGGAUCUGCACCGGAACAUGGCAGAGGCUGGGUCCAAGUCAGUGCUGUUCGUGUGUCUCGGUAACAUUUGCCGGUCACCCAUUGCAGAGGCAGUUUUCAGAAAACUGGUAACUGAUGAAAAUGUUUCAGAGAAUUGGAGGAUAGACAGUGCGGCUACAUCCACCUAUGAAGUGGGGAAUCCCCCUGACUAUCGAGGGCAGAGCUGCAUGAGAAAACAUGGCAUCCCCAUGAAUCACGUUGCCCGGCAGAUUACAAGAGAAGACUUUGCCACGUUCGAUUAUAUACUAUGUAUGGAUGAAAGCAACCUGAGAGAUUUGAAUAGAAAAAGUAAUCAAGUUAAAAACUGCAAAGCUAAAAUUGAGCUACUUGGGAGCUAUGAUCCACAGAAACAGCUCAUUAUUGAAGAUCCCUAUUAUGGCAAUGACUCUGACUUUGAGGUGGUGUACCAGCAAUGUCUCAGGUGCUGCAAGGCCUUCCUGGAGAAGACUCGCUAGCUGUCCCUGCCCACCACCAUUGAGCAACUCAGUCACCAGUGCCAUGCCCAAAGGUGGUGGCAGUCCUCAGCCCUGUGUCCCACCUGUCUUCUCAGCUGACUUACUGUAUGUCUUUGAAAUAAUUGUAGGUGGAAAUUAGGUGUAUAUUCAAAAGGAUAAAAUUUUAAGUAAGACAGUUUGAGGAGUGGCUUAGCAUUCUUAGACUAAUCGAACAUCUCACCUUGCCCUAAUUACGAAAUAGUGGAACAAGCAAAUAUGGAACAAAAUAGAACACAGUAAAGUAAGGCUGGCCUCCAAAGUGCAGGUCAGCCCAGGCUGGUGGCCUGGCCUAACUGGGGUGUGUGUGGCCUGCACCCUCUGGUGCUGUUCGCUUGCCUUACACCUCUCUCCUCUAGACUCUUAUUGUGACACUGACUCCAUGCAUAGCAGCCUUCCACUUAACAGUGGAGGAGUUUAAACUCAGACACACCGAGGGCAUUCAGGUCUUUGCAAGAGAGGGGAAACUGGAUGUGAUAAUGGGCCCACAAACCCAGCAGGCCAUCCUGGGCUAUACAGUGACACCCUGUCUAAAAAAUCAGGAGAAAUAACUAAAGAUGGGAGUACCAGAUUGAUAAAAUCGACAUUUUACUCUUACUUGGUUUUUGUCUUGUUUUUUUGAAAGCUUUGUUCCUAUUUGAGCCACUUUGCCUCUUAAAAAAAAAGGUAAGUGAGCUUAAAUGGUGGUAUAUGUUCGUAAGUGUUCUUCAAUCCACAUUUGGAAAAGUCACAGGGAAGCCUAAGUAAUGUUAGUGCAUUUUCAGAAAAUGACUUCAAAUUCAUAUGGAUAUAUGUCAGAAAAGAAUGUGAAUUAAACUGGGAAGUUAUCAAAUACAACCCAAAUACAAA